AUGGAAGGUGGAGAUGGAGUGUCGCCUGGCGAAGACGGCGCGGCGUCCGAGCUGGGGCUCGAGGGCUACGCGGGCGGCUUCGGCGUCGGCGCGGGGUCACCCGAGACAUGGCUCGAGGGUGAUGCAGGAGGCGUCGUGGCAGCGCCCGAGCUGGAGCUCAAGGGGGCUGCAGGGGAUGAUGUGGCAGUGCCCGAGUCCGAGUUCGAGGGCACUGCAGCCGGCGGGCCUGCCGGGGCAGGGGGAGCGUCGCCUGGCGAAGACGGCGCGGCGCCCGAGCUGGGGCUCGAGGGCUACGCGGGCGGCGUCGGCGUCGGCGCGGGGUCACCCGGGACAUGGCUCGAGGGUGAUGCAGGAGGCGUCAUGGCAGCGCCCGAGCUGGAGCUCAAGGGGGCUGCAGGGGAUGAUGUGGCAGUGCCCGAGUCCGAGCUCGAGGGCACUGCAGCCGGCGGGCCUGCCGGGGCAGGGGGUCGACGCCGUGGACCAUCAGUAGCCGAGGGAGGAACAGCGACCACCUGUGUCUGUGCAAAAGGAAAGCAAUGCUCAUCAAAGUACACAUGCCGGGAGGUGAUGGCGCGGUGA